AUGAUUCGUCAGCUUGGUAAACCUACAUGGUUCUGUUCAUUUUCAGCUGCUGAAACGCGUUGGAUUCAUUUGAUUAAAAUUCUUGGUCGUCUUAUUGACAACAAACACUAUACUGAUGAUGAGGUUAAGCAAAUGACUUGGCAAAAGAAGUCUGAACUGAUACAGAAAGAUCCAGUAACAUGUGCUCGAAAUUUUGAACAUAUGGUGCAACUCUUUAUUCACAAUUUUAUUAAAAGUUCAUGUCAUCCAAUUGGAGAAGUUGGCGAUUUUUUCUAUCGUGUUGAAUUCCAGCAAAGAGGUUCUCCACAUAUCCAUGGAUUAUUCUGGAUCAAAAAUGCACCCGAGUAUGGCAAAGAUUCUGAUGAAGAUAUUGCCAAUUUUGUAGAUAGUUAUGUUUCAUGUAAAGCUGACUCAAACGACUUAACUGACCUCGUAAAUUUACAAAGGCAUAAACACUCUAAAACGUGCAAGAAAAGAGGAAAUGCUGUUUGCAGAUUUAACUUCCCUUUACCGCCAAUGCCAAGAACUAUGAUUUUAGAGCCUUUGUCUGAGACUGAUCUUGAAGAAAAUGUGGCAGAUAUAUUAAAGAAAGCUUUGGGACAGAUACACUCACUAUUAGAUUCUAUUAAAGCUGGUGAAACCAUGACCUUUGAUCAAUUUCUCGAAAAGUUAAAUUUAUCAGAACACCAAUACCUAAAGGCUAUACGGCUUUCUCUUAAACAUAACACUUUGUUAUUGAAACGAUCGCCAGCUGAGAUUAGAAUCAACUGUUACAAUCCAAACUUACUCAGAGCUUGGAAAGCUAACAUGGAUAUUCAGUACGUAUUAGAUCCUUAUGCUUGUGCUGUUUAUAUCCUUUCAUAUAUUACUAAAGGCCAAAGAGGAAUGAGCAAGUUACUUCGUAAGGCAUGUGAAGAAGCAAAAGAAGGCAAUAAGAACAUUGUUAACAAGGUGAGACAUAUUGGUAACAAAUUUCUCAAUGCUGUUGAAAUAAGUGCACAAGAGGCUGUCUACUUAGUAAUGCAAAUGCCUUUGAGACGAUCGUCUCGAGAAUUUCAAUUUAUCAACACAUCUGACCCAAAUGAAAGAACAUUCUUGUUAAAAAGCAUGGAUAAAAUUAAAGAACUUCCUGAUCAUUCUGUUGAUAUUGAAUCAGAUAACAUUAUUAAAAGAUAUCAGAGAAGACCAAAGAAAUUAGAAAACUUAUGUCUCGCUGAUUUUGUGGCUUGGUUCAAUUGUAAAAGUGACAGCAAUCAAAAAAGCAAACUUAAAUCAAAUUCAUCAUUAAUAGAUGAUUAUCUUAAAGAGAGUAAUUUCGAUGAUAAUGUAGAUGAUGAUCUAUCUGAUAAAGACCAGGAAAUAUUUGAAAAUGAUGAAAAUGAUGAAUAUGAAAUGAAAGGUGGAAUGACGCUGGUGAAGAGACAAAAGCCAAGAAUCAUACGGUCAGUUAGAUUUAAUAAAAACAAAGAUCCAGAAAAUUAUUGUAGAGAACAGAUAAUGCUUUACACUGCUUGGAGAAAUGAAAAUACAGAUCUUCUGAAAGACUUCCAAACUUACCAGGAUCGAUAUGAAAUUAUCAAAGAUGUAAUAGAACAAAACAGAAGACAAUACGAGAAUCACACCGAAGUUCUUGAUCAGGCAGUGCAAGAUAUUGAAAGUGAAGAAAAUCUAGUCGCUCCGAAUACGCAGUAUAGAGAUGAACAAGAUAGAGAAAUUGGGACGAAAGCAAGUGAAUUAUUCGGAUGCUUCGAUCCUGGAAAAGAUAAACAACAUGCCCAAUACGACCUGAUAAACGAUAUCGGUUUAUAUCCACGAACGAAUGAUGAUGAAGAAUUAGUUGUGAAAAGGCUGAAUGAUGCCGAUUAUAGAAAACUUGUCCAAUCACUUAACGUUGAACAAAAAGAGUUUUUUUUAUCAUGUACUGAACUCUGUCAAGACUGA